AUGUCUGGGGGAGGGGGCUUGGGAGUGGUGGUUCUGGUCAUCGCUGUUGGUGUCGGCGCCUGGACAUGGGGCAAGACCCAAGCAGAGAACAGCACAGGCGGAACGCCUCCGAACUACCACACUCCACCGCCCCAGUCAGACCCUCCUCCUCAGCAUGACCCACCGCCGCAACCUAAACCGCCUCCACAGCCAGAACCAAAGGCACGUCCGAAUCCCAGUGCAGGAGCUUGGGAGAAGGCAAGGGAAGAGACUCGUAAGAGAGAAGAGGAACGCAAGCGAGCUGAGGAGCUUAAGAAGAAGAGGGAAGAGGCGCAAAAGAUGCGAGAGGAAACAGAAAAGGCUGCCAAAGCGGAAGCAGAGAAGAAGAAGUGGGAGCAAGCAAGGGCGAGAGAGAAAGAAGCACGCGAACGAGAAGCCAGAGAGCGCAUUGCGAGGGAAAGGCUGGCACGAGAAAAAGAGACACGUGAAAAGGACGCGCGAGAACGAGAAGCAAGGGAAAGGGCUGAGAAGGACAAAAAGGCACAAUCAGCGCCCAGUGCACGAUCAAGUCCGACGAAAGCAUACGAGAAGCCGACCGCGAAGUCGGCAGCAGGGGAGUCAUACUCUUAUCGACCUUACGACUCGCCGAAAGCUGCAAAGACUGCGACCUACAAAUCGUCAGCAUCUUCCAUAUCUGGCUUGAGUGAAAGCUACGCACCGAGCCAAAGCACAGCUAGGACGACGCCACCACCAUCUCAUCGGGGACCCUACUCGACGAACGAAGAGGGCAAGAUCCAGAUCAAGGCUGUGUACCUGUUCAGCGACAUCUUCCCAACCAAGCCGAUUUCGCAGCUCAUCGCCAAUCAGGGGCACGUGACAGACGGCCUCAUCCUCCGAAUCCAGACGGAAGGACUCUUCAUCGAUGACGAUGUACGAGGCGUGCCGCAGCGAGAAUGGGACGUCAAGGCCUGGACUUUGAAACUGCUCGAAGAUGGCGUGGUGAGAACUCCAAGCGGCGCUGGCCUGCAUGUCUUCAGAGCAACGACACGAGAUACCGAGAAUAAGAAGUACACCUUCGUCCUGGACGAGUCUGAAGCGUGGAAAGUCGCGAUUGGGAUAUCGAGACUGCGAAAGGGAAGCCAAGUGCGGUCACUCGGCAUGAACGGGAUGAAGGAAAACGAAGUGAGGGGACUACUCAUGACUUUGGGAUGGAUGUGA